GAAUGACUCUAGCACAACCAUUAACUCUGACACCACCCAAAAGGUUGACUCCUGUUCGCCAGAAUCCCCGAUCUUGUAUAGGCCUCUGAAGCCUUACACGAGAUACAGCAUGGAGGUACGGGACAAAUUGAAAAUCAUCCAUCCGGACCUUAAUGUAUAUAAGAUGGGAGAGCUCAUUGGCUCCAUGUGGCAGGGGCUGAGCGAGGCUGAGAAACAAGUCUAUAGGGACGACUAUCAGAGGGAGAAGGAUCAGAAUCUUGACAGACUAGGAGAUGAAAACCCAAAUGCACAGAUUCCUAUGUUCUCUGCAUUUUUAAGAUUUAUGAAAGAAAACCGAGGGCCUUACUGUGGGUGGAAUGAAGACAUUACAUGGAAUCCGCAGACAUGCAAAAUGAGUUUAAAGUGGCAUUUGCUUCCAGAACAGGAGAAGAAGAGAUACCUGGAUGCUGCACAGGAAGACAAUAAUGGCUGUAGCAAUGACAUCGGGGAAUCCAAGGAAACAGAGUCAUAUGCAGCGAUUAAAAAUCAGUUGAAACCCCCUGAAGAGACGCUGUCAUUUGAUGAUUUCAAAAAGAAUCCUGUACCAUCAGAUGAUAUUGAUGACUCCGGACUUUCAAUCAGUCUAAUAGAAGGCACAAAAAGCAUGCCUGAUCUUCAAGUUGAACCAAUUGUUGUUGCACUUCCAAAGUCUGGUUCUAUGAAAGCCAGUAUGGCUGACAACAACUCAAAGAAAAGGAAAGUCGACCUGCUAAGAGAUGUAAUAAUUUUCAAGUCCCCUGAUUCAACCGAGCCCCCUAUUUCUGCAUUUUUAAGAUUUGUCAAGGUAAACCGCGCAAGUGUUUUACGGAAGAACCCUCAAAUGACUUUGCUUGAUGUUCAACGGAGGCUAAGUUUAAUGUGGCAUUUUCUUCCAGAACAGGAGAAGCAGAGGUACGAGGAAGCUGGUCUGGAAGAGAAUGGUCACUGUGGAAUGCAGGAGAACACUCAAAUAGAGUUAGGUCAACCGUUAGAAAGUCAGCAAACGCUAAAGGACCUUUUUCAAGAAAUCAAACCAGAUUCUUCUUUUCUGAGGUUUUCAAAAGAGUGGCUGGAACAAUUACAGAAUGGAUCAUUGUCAAACGAUGAAAUUAUUGACAUCAUUGAAAAGGAGUGGGCACAGCUUUCUCAUCUUCAAAAACGGAAAUACUGGUACUUUGAAGCCAAAACUAGAGACAAGCGGUACUGGGACAGCAAGAUGAAGACACUCCAGAUUUACAAGCGGAAACACAACCUGGGAUCAAAAGCCUCAAAAGCGUUAAUUGGACAAUCCGUUGACAGCAAUCAAAAAUCAAUUGUUCCAGCCCACAGCAGUUUUGAAAAUUACAGCAGCACAAACAUGAGUCACAUGUUUUCAGCAGAAAAGAGCCAUCUAGAAAACAUAGAUGGUGUUGCUUCAAACAGACUGAUUCCAGUAGCCAGUACUCAAUGUAAAGACAACUUUGACGAUGAUUUUAUUAUAACGGUGAAGGUGGAGUUUGAUAGUGAUGUUGAAAAUGAAAACAAUGUGAUGGCUGAUCAUAUUGAGGCUGUUCCCAUGGAACAAUCACCAUGUGCAGGGUCUCAGUCAAUAGAAGUGGUGCAACCAUCUUCUAAAUGUUCAGAGUUGGAAAAUGGUUUGAAGAUCAUUAAAAGAGAUACUGAUGUCCCCAAAGUUAUUGAAGGGACUGCAAAGCAAUCUUUCAGUGAUGAAAUAUGUAUAACUGGACAAAACAGCAAAAUGGAGCUAAGUGUUCUGGGUAAAACAGUUGAACCUCAAAAAUGCAUAGCUUCUGUAAUUGACAAUUCUGCUGAGGUGGCCCAUGUGCCUGUUGAAGAAGCCCGAGAGGAUGGGUCAAUCAGCAUAGGUGACUCUAUUAUUAUAGAUGAGAAUGGGUAUCAUAUUACGAUGAAUGAUGACAGUGAUUUUACAGCUGAAGAUGAUGACAUUCAGAUAACUGACGUAUGUUUAGCAAUUGAAGACCCGAGUGCAAAUAAUGUUUAUCUAAAAUAACAACUUAGUCAUCCACUGUUACAAACUCAACAUGUUGAUAUUUCUGAUAACAAUACCGAUGAAAAGGGUUUUGCGAUAGAAAUUAAUCAUUCUCGAUUGAUGCCAUCAAUAAAUAACAAAAUACACCUCGAUGCUUCACAUAUGUCUUAUUCUGCGACUUUGCGUGACCUUGCAGGAACAGGUUUAAAGGAAUCGUUAGCGGGAGGCUUUCGGUAUAAGAACACGAGCCCACCUGCUUUGUCUUCAAGAAUAGCUAGCUAUACAGUCAAUUCUUGAAACUGUGCACAUAACUCAAAAAUUGAAAUCAAGUGUUUCCUAUCCUGUCUUGAAACAGUUUUUAGCGACAAACGUAAAUAAAAAGUCAACGGGUUCGAGAAUGCAAUCUGAGGAAAAAAGUGUUAAUAUACCGUCAGACAGAGGUCAUACAUGCAAUGAUGGCAUGUGUCAAGGUCAUAAAAGAAGAAAAUAUAAGCAUAACAACCGAUACUAUUGACUUAUGGUUUAGUGUUCAAAUUCAGUGGAAUAUUAGUACAAAUCAGAGUACAAUUAGUUUGUCAUGAUAUUUACUGUGUUUACACACUAAGGUCCUUAAAUUACAUGUGUGGAUGAACAAAUCUUCGCCGAAUCGCAUUGCAUUGCCCGAUUAAAAAAAAAUAAU